AUGCAGGAAGCGUGGCUGGCAUGCGGGGCGGCUGAAGCUGGAGAGUUCACGGAGACGGAAGCGGGGAAGCUCGGGCUGACUGAGGUCAAGGCAACAAACAACCACAUAAACAAGUCUGUAGUGGGGAAGGUACCAGCCCAACUGCAAGAUGUACUGUCCAUUUUGUGGAUCUGCGCUUACAGCUUCACCUGCCUUUUGCCGUGCGUGUGGCAAAAACGUCACUUUUUUAAAAACGCGUCCAGGAGGAGACGCCUGCAACUCACGCACAUAUUGAUGUUGCACAACCUUCCACCAGUCAAGAUUUAUGUUGGAGUUAUGAGGUUGACAGGUGACUCCUUAAAACCUGUAAGAGGGAAAUCACUGCCUCUGGACAUUCAGCCUCACUGGUCAUCAGAGCAGCUAUUGGCUGCUGCUGUUAAAAAACACAUGGAUUUUAACCAGGACAUGCAAGAUGUUGUCCAUGUUUUGUUGUACCCUGAUGGCAGACAAGUGAGAAACAUCCCAGGAACAAAUGACCCUUUCACUGUUCAGAAGUACAAGGAGGCAAUUGGGAAGGCCUACCAGAGGAUAACACUCUACAUUUGCACUGCAGAGGAUUUUGAAACCAGUUGCUAUACUGGACAGUCUUCUAGUGAAGAUGACAGUGUUGUCCAUGUGAACCUGCCAUCUGUGGAAAGUGAACUCUCUGACACUGUGGUCUGGGACACUCCAGAUAAUGUGAGCACCCCAAAAACAGACAACAUUUUGCAGGGACCCUCCAGAUGCCAACAACCAGAAUCUCAUCAAGAUGGACAGCAAUCAACUCCCCAGGAUCAGUUAAGAUCUUCACAGAAUCUGAAUACCUGGUAUAGCAACUACACCACCAUGUAUGCACCUAUAGUAGUUGACAGUGAGUCUGAGACAGAUGACCACAUAGACUACCCUGCAGAACAUCCGCAGGUUUUGAACCUGACUGCUGAAGACAUUGUUUCAGACCUGGCCUCCAAGAUUACCAACACUUCAUACAGCAGGUUCAACAUAAACAGGGCAAAUAUAUGGGAUGGAGCAAUCAGAGGCUUCAAGCGACCAUCUUAUGACCCAUCACAUGAAAUUUUGGUUAAAUUCACUGAUGAUGAGGGGCGAGCAGAGGAUGCAGUGGACACUGGUGGUCCCAAACGAGAGUUCCUCACCCUGCUGAUGGACUGCCUUAGAUCAAGGAGAAUAUUUGAUGGUCCAGACGAUAGGAAAUUUCUCACGUUUGACUGUGCAGGUAAACAUCUUAUUGUUUCAGACUUAAAUUACAGGUACAUUGCAUUUCUGAAAAUUCAUACUGAAAAUUCAACAUCUGGUUUUAGCUCUACACUUGGGUUCAGUGAAAUUAACUUUGGUAUGCAUUUUCAUGUGAACUCAAAAAUGAUUUUAAUAGUGGACUAA